GCCAGGCAGAGUUUGGAACCAUCGUGAGAUGUCUCCCAAUUGCUUCCUCGCCUUUCUUUUUACUCCCAAGCGAUGACUGUGGGCUGAGCGCUACCGAUUAGUGCUUCUCGAAACAGUCUAGAUUCACGAUACCUUGUCUAUCGUGAAAUUUCUCCUUUCUGCCCCUCCAUCCCCCAAAUCUCCCAGCUCCAAUUGCACCCCACAAAAAUGUUCAAGUCACAGUUGCUACGGCAGGUGGCUCGCGCUGCCCAGGCUCAAGCUCCCCGUGCGGCUUUCAGACCAAGCCAGCCAAUUGCAUCUUCCACUCGGCAAUUCUCCCACUCACCAUAUCGCUUUGAUAAAGAGCCAUAUCGGGACGAUGUGGAUGCUGCAACAACGUCCGGAGAGCCAGGUGAGAGUGGAGACCAUGAGGGGCAGUAUGCGCGAACGAAGGAAAAUAUUCGAGUCGAAUACCCCGAAGAAGAAGACCUGCCUCCCUCUCAACCAGUGCAGGGUAGAGGAGGCUUCCAUUUCAAGAGAACACUUGCUUCAUUUUCAUUGGAGGGACGCGUUGGCGUCGUGACUGGUGGUGCUCGAGGUCUGGGCUUGGUCAUGGCACAGGCUUUAGUCACAAGUGGAGCAGAUGUCGCUAUUGUUGACAUGAACCGGGAUGAAGCCCAGAGGUCGGCUCAGGGGCUCAUCGACAUUUACAAAAACGAGAACCCAGGAUCGGACAAGAUUCCGAAAGUCACUGCCCACUUCUGUGAUGUGUCGAGUCCAACAUCGGUCAACCAGUCCCUCGCUGAGAUCCUCAAAGAGCACGGAAAGGUUGAUAAUUUAGUUACUUCCGCCGGCUUCACUGAGAACUAUGAUGCAAUCUCCUACCCUUAUGACCGCAUGCAAAAACUUUGGGGAGUCAAUGUUGAUGGCACCUACCUGUACGCCGUAGCGGUUGCAAAGCAUCUCAUGGAGAGGUCCGCACCUGGAAGCAUUGUCAUGAUUGGCAGCAUGUCUGGCUCAAUUGUCAAUGUCCCACAGCCACAGGCACCCUAUAAUGCAGCUAAGGCGGCAGUUCGACAUCUCGCGUCGAGUUUAGCGGUUGAAUGGGCACAUGCCGGCAUCCGAGUCAACUGCAUCUCUCCUGGCUACAUGCUCACUGCUCUGACCAAGAAGAUUCUCGAUGACAAUCCAGAGCUUCAGAGGCAGUGGACUUCUUUGAUUCCCGUCGGAAAGAUGGGCCGUCCGGAGGAUCUCAUGGGCGCAGUGACUUUCUUAUCUAGUGAUGCCAGCCUUUAUGUCACGGGUGCAGACUUGAGGGUCGAUGGAGCCUACACCUGCACGUAAUCGAGAGAGAAAGCAAACGAGAGAGUUUGACCCCCAAAAAAGGGUCAGAUGUCACGGGGUAUUUCUAUGGAGUGGAGUUGCUGCCACAUCCAAAAAAUGAAUCAGCAUUUCUGCUUGCGAUAGCUUAAUCACUCUUUAAGUACCUUCGGGUACUACCACCGUCUAAACCUUUAGUUCGAUUUAGUUGCACAAACAAACCGCAGCUUCUUGAAAA